AAUCCACUGACAGGAUUUUUUCCCAUUGUUAUUUAAGGGUACAAACCUCAAAAUCUAAAUGGUGGUGCGGCACAAAUGUCACCAAGAGAUUAUGAUUUGGGUCCAAACAGCAACUCCGCAAAUAUGAAAGGAAACGGCUAUCCUGUUAACAAAGGUACAGGUGCCUAUGGGAGUGCACAAAAUAAGCCUGGAUACGGAGGUCGUCCCCCAUAUGGUGGAACAGGCAUGGGAAUGAUGAACCAACAUGCAUUGAAGCAGAGGGGAGGUUAUGGAAAUGGUAAUGGUAAUGGCUACAGAGCUCCAUCGUAUGGGGGCUACAGCAAUUUAAUGGGUGCUCAUCCCCAAAAAGGAGUUGGUCUAGGUUAUGGCGCUGGGUCUGCAGCUACAAAGGGACAAGCCUUAAAAUCUGGAGGAUACACCAAUGGUGGGGCGACCAAGGCACAACAAGGAUAUGGAGGAUAUGCUAAUGGAGCUCAGCAACCUAAUACAGGCUCUUCUCUUCAAAAUAUGGGGUAUCCCAAUGGUGGAACCAAGGGACCUAAUCCAGGAUACGGUGCUAAAGCUGGACCCUCAAAUGGACAAGGAGCCAAGCCUAAUGGAUAUGAAGGAUAUGCUAACGGAGGUGCAGCUAAGCAACCUAAUACAGGCUCUUCUCUUCAAAAUAUGGGGUAUCCCAAUGGUGGACACAAGGGACCUAAGCCAGGAUAUGGUGCUAAAGCUGGACCCUCAAAUGGACAAGGAGCCAAGCGUAAUGGAUAUGGAGGAUAUGCUAAUGGAGGUGCAGCUAAGCAACCUAAUACAGGCUCUUCUCUUCAAAAUAUGGGGUAUCCCAAUGGUGGACACAAGGGACCUAAGCCAGGCUCUUCUCUUCAAAAUAUGGGGUAUCCCAAUGGUGGAGCCAAAGGACCUAAACCAGGAUAUGGUGCUAAAGCUGGACCCUCAAAUGGACAAGAUGCCAAGCCUAAUGGCUCUACUCUUCAAAAUAUGGGGUAUCCAAAUGGUGGAACUAAGGGACCUAAACCAGGAUAUGGUGCUAAAGCUAGACCCUCAAAUGUACAUGGAGCCAAGCCUAAUGGAUAUGGAGGUUAUGCUAACGGAGGUGCAGCUAAGCAACCUAAUACAGGCUCUUCUCUUCAAAAUAUGGGGUAUCCCAAUGGGGGAGCCAAAGGACCUAAACCAGGAUAUGGAGGAUAUGCUAACGGAGGUGCAGCUAGGCAACCUAACACAGGCUCUUUUCAAAAUAUGGGGUAUCCCAACGGUGGAACCAAGGGACCUAAACCAGGAUAUGGAGGAUAUGCUAAUGGAGGAGCAGCUAGGCAACCUAAUAUAGGCUCUUUUCUUCAAAAUAUUGGGUAUCCUAAUGGUGGAACUAAGGGACCUAAACCAGGAUAUGGUGCUGAAGCUGGACCCUCAAAUGGACAAGGAGCCAAGUCUGGUUACGGUAUUCCUGGACAUAUUUCAGAAGGACCUUAUAAAGCAGCUAAUUCAGGAUAUAUGCCUGUAACAGCUGGGAAAGAGGGUGUUCCCAGUGGAAAAGGACCUAAAGGGGAGAUUUUAAGCCCUGAUGCACCUAGUCAUCUCCCGCUAACCUCUAACACCAAGGGUGUUUUACCACUAGCUGAGCGUGUACCAAAUCCAAGAUUUCUUCCAGAACAAACUAAAGCCCUUCCACCAGUCCUGCAACAAACGAAAAGACAAAGUCUUAAUGCACCACUUCAACAGGGCAAAGACCCCAACUCUAUGGUACCUCAGCCUGCUCCAAAGCCAUUUAUGCGAGGUCAAGGUUUUUAUAAGCCUAGUAAAGCUUAUAAACCACCCACACCUGUAAUUCCACAAAACAAAGCUCCAAAACCAGCUGCACUAGCAGUCCCUCAAGCAAUUCCUGCACCAGAAUCAGCUCCCAUUCCUCAGACGAGUUUUCCUCAAACAUCACAGACAGCUGCACUAGAGCAGGGACAAGUCCUGUCACAGGAACAAACCGUCUCUCCAGUGGCACCACAGCCAAUUACGCCACAAGGCAGCAUUUCUUCACAGAUGCAUCUGGUGCCAAAUGCAGCUUUUCCUCAAAUGAAGAAUCCAACAACAACAAAUCCCGGACAACCUAAUGGACAGGUGCAGGGAGCUAUACCUUCAAAGCCUGAUUGCGGACCUGGUGGACGACCUAAUGGACAAUGGGUCAAACUUCCAAGUCCUGGGUCAGGGUACCCCAACGGAAAAGGGGAAGUGUCAUCACAACCAGGCUUCGGAGCAGGAAUUGGUGGUUAUCCAGCUCAUGGCAUUAACAAUGGCUACAAAGCAGCUGGACCACAAGUUGGGCAGCCAAUAGGAUUCGGAUCUAAGGGAAAAUCUCAAGCAAAAUAUGGAAUUGGUGGACUUCCAUUUGGUUCCCCUAAUGGAUAUCAAACCAACCCCUCUGGACAAUAUGGUAAUGAAGGACAGCGCUAUGGAGCCAAACCCUACAAUCCUCAAGCAUUGGGAAAACACGGAUAUGGUAGUUUACCGUACAACUCUCAACCUCUUCUACCGGAAUCUGUUGCCAAAUCACCUGACUUUGGAGGGUUACCCUACAAUGGUCAGCCACUUGGAUAUGGUGGUGACAAGUCGUCUGGAAAAUAUGGACAAAAGGGUCUUCAUUAUGGUGGUCAGCCAUUUGAUCUCAGGCCUGAUGCUAUGUCUGGGAAAUAUGGUUCUCCAGAAUCCCUGUAUAAUCCAGAAUCUCUCAGUCUCAGUGGCGAUGCCAAAUCAGCUAAAUAUGGUAAUCCAGCAGUGUCAUAUGAGCUCCUCGGCCCUGUGACUGAUGGCCAAUCUGUUGAAGAAAACAGAAGCCUGGAGGCUUUGCACCAAGGUCCUGAGAUUGAUGGACAGAAAUCCAUUGACCAGUUUGGAGAUGGAGAGGUUCCACCCCAUCCUGAUACUCCAGGAGCUGCAGAGGCGAAUGCACAAUCCAUUGACAAAUACGGAACAGGUGAUUAUACCGAUGGAAGAGUACAACCAGAAGUUGUCUCUUUCCCUGGUGUUCCCACUGUGGGCCCCGCUCCUCACAUCCCUGCUGUCACUUCAUUUGACACCACACUGGACGGUUCCUCCUUGGCCCCUGUGUCUAUGCCUGAUGUGUCUGCUGUUUCUGAGGUGCCUGCCUUACCCACAUUCCCUCAGGCUGAGCUGCCUGCUCUAAAGCAGCAGCCAGCACCACCACAACAGAUCCAGAUCCAGCAGCACCUCAAGUUCCACUUCCACCCACAGGGCAACUCCCAGACAGGAAAGGAAGGCAAAUACAAAUUGAAUGGUUUCUUUGGAAACAAAUACCAAGGAUAAUUUGGAAGUGGAGGUUUAUAUUGCAAAAAUGUGGAUCUUCAUCGGGACAAUGAUCUUCACUUGAUUUCUCUUUACACUUAAUGUUUCUGUGAAUGUUGUAAAUUUUCCAUGGUUUUGUGUCUUUUGUUCUCCUUAACCUCUAGUUUUGUUUUUUAAUGUUUGUUACCCUGUUUGGAAUUGAACGGUUGUAAAAAUAAAGACAUUUUAGUUUAUAAAUCAUCAUAGCUUAUGCAUCUUCCUUUCUUUUCAAUGUUCAUUUAAAUUCCAUAUUUGUCCAUAAUUUUGUAAUACCAAAAAUGCAUUUUAUGUUUUAUGUAAUUUUCAUUUCAAUGUAGAUGUGUUAUUUUGUUUCUAGAACUCAUUGUUAUUUAUUUCUUUUUAAUUUCCU